CCAUCAUCGACUUAGGCCAGGCUCAGGCACCCAUGUCCGAUGCUCGACCCGUUGACACCGCCGUCACCAGGUGAUGAUGACAGGCGCCGCAGUGACAGCCGAGUUGAUCUAGCACCGCGCCCUUUCUUUCAGUUAACACUGAAGCGACCCACCCACCAUUGCACCUGUACCACCACUGCUUUUCCCACUGAGAAUACAUGUCCGCGGGCCUCAAAGAAUUCCUCGUCUCGGCGGAGAUCUACGUCUCUCCAAACGCCGCCGGCGCUGCCGCAUUGGGCUUCCGUAAGCCCGCGAUACCGAAACGCAAGGUGGAUAAGCGCGACUCUGUACGGCCAGGUGCCCCAGACGACAAGAAACUACGAGAGAAGAAUAGCUGGCAUACGCUGGCUCGUGGAACGUCUGGAUCGGGUCAAUGGAGGCAGGCGACAUGCACGCUCACGGAGGAGGGAAGCCGAUGUCUUCUGAACAUCUACAUUGACGAUUCGUUCCUCUUCCAAACUGUAUUCAUCCAUCUUCUCAACAACACCGACAUCCGUUUCACGGACCGUUCGCUGUUCUUCAGAAAGGAUUGUCUAGGCAUCUUUUGUUUGGGUUCGCAGCGAUGGGUAUCCAAUUCUGCACAUCCAGCCGAACCUGUAUACUUGCAGUUCUCCAAUACCGACACAUGCAGUACAUGGCUGGCUCUUCUUCGGUCGUAUACCAUUCCUGAGAUAUACGGACGCCAACUCAGGGCCGACGAAGGCGGAUCAUAUCGAAUGUGGCGGCAAGUCGAGUUGACUGUGAUCCAAGCGCGCAAUCUGGGCAAUCCUCGACCGUUUGACCCAGCCGGUGCAGCAGUCAUCGGCGGCUCUGAAGAAGCAGAUCCAGUGGACCUCAAGGUGUCUUGCGAAAUUCACCUCAACACCAUGCUAUGUGGCCGCACGACCCUGAAGAAAGGGCUGAACACCCCCGACUGGCACGAGCAAUUCACUUUCCCGGAUCUUCCACCGUUUGACACGUUGGAUAUCUUCGUGUGGAAGGAGACAAAAUUGCCGCGGCCGACACUCAUGGGUUCAGUGCGUGUCACGCUCUCGAAUUUCAAGCGAGGGGAAGCGAUAGAGGGCUGGUUCCCUGUAUUAUUACCCGGACCGACUGCCAGCGAUCUGCAGGUUGGAGACAUCCGUCUGAAGAUCAAGGUUGAUGAAGAAAUUAUUCUCCCCUACGCCGAAUACACGAAUCUGCUGCAGACUUUCCGAACUCGGAACUUCUUGGACUGGCUGUCCGACUUUGAUACCAAAUUGAAGCUCAAGAAUCUAUCUCACCAGUUCAUUUCGAUUGCGGUCGCCCGGGAUGACCUCAUUGAACAAGUGCAAGAGACCGCAAAGCGUGAAGUCGAUGGAACUCCAACUUCACAUCAGACAUUGUUCCGCGGCAACACGACUUUCUCUCGAGUGAUGGAGUCCUGCAUGUCCUGGUAUGGCAAGGCUUUUCUGGAGGCCAGCAUCGGACGGGUGUUGCGCAGGCUUUGUGCGGACAAAGUGAAGAUUGAGGUCGAUUUCCAGCGCGGAACCAAAGGUGGGAAAGAAAAGAGUAGUAGGGAAGUUGAGCGCAAUGUGGACUCCUUGGUAUACUGGUGCCGGGAAUUCUGGAACCAAAUCUAUGCUGUGCGAAUGGAGUGUCCUAUCGAAAUGCGACGCCUCUUCCAAACCGUACGAGAGCAGGUGACCAAGAAUUACCGCAUCAGCGAAAACGAUUCGCCCGAGAAUCGGGAGCUCCCGCUCAAAAGCGUAUCAGCUUUCUGUUUCCUGAGAUUCAUCGUGCCCGCCAUUCUUAAUCCUCACCUAUUCGACCUAUGCCCUGGUCUGCCCGAUGCCAAUGUCCGGCGGUCUCUGACUUCGAUAGCGAAGGUUAUCCUGAGCAUUGCAAACCUGACAUCGUCGGUGCAGAAAGAGGACUAUAUGCGCAAUGUCAAGGACCUGAUGCUGGACAGUCGUCCAGCCAUGGUGGAUUAUCUAAUGACGGUGUCUAGGGCCGACCGAGUUGCUGUCGCGAGUCCAUCCCACCACUGGAAACAUGACGACUCACCCGACGGCGAAGUACAUCAGCGAUUGGCAGUGGUCAACGCACUGAGAACUCGAAGAAUGCUGAUGCCUGUGCUGAGCCGGGAGUCCAUUCCAAUGCCAGCUGUUCCCGACGUCCCGAAGCAGCUCGCGAUUAUAGCAUCUGCUGUCAUCCGCAACGCUCGAGUCAAUUGCCCCGACGACCCCGUUUUGCACGACUUCUGCCAGCGAUGCAUCGAAGUGGAAGAGUCGGCUCUCCGUCGGGUCAGUCAGAUGGCCUCUCGCAUGGGAACUGAAGCAGAGCGAACUCGACGACCCGAGCACUCGUCCUCGCUGUCGGUUUCUGCGUCGAUGCCCUCACCGAGGAAACCACGCCGGCCGUCGACCGCGCCGGACCGCGCCGCUGCCGGCCGGCGCGCGGUACCCCAGCCGUCAGUGCAGUCUCCGAGUGGUUGGGCCGAGACGGCUGCAAAUGUCCAUGCCCACCGACGGGCGCGCUCGUCAUCGACGGAUUCCGUCUCGUAUCCAGCCAAUCCGUUAUCGCUGGAAGCGGAAGAAGAGAAGAAGAAGCGAGGUAUAUUUGGAAUGAAAUGGCGCAAGUAG